GUACCACUAAUCAAUGUAAUGUUUUAAAUUUUAAAAGAAUCAGAUAUCAGAUCCUAAAUUUCUAAAUUGAUUUAAAGAGAUACUUUGUAGAAAUUAUGGCAUAAAUUUACGUGCCGAAUCUCGAUAAUAUUCAUAUACCAAUGCGAGUGAUUCUAUCAGUCUGAAUACUACUGAUCUUGUUCAGGGAAGUACCUAUUAUACCUUUUGAAUAUGUCAGACUUAAUUCUUCAAAACAUUAACUCUAUAAAUUUGGACGUGGUCCUAAAAAUUCAGGAAGACUUGGACCCUUACGAUAUGACAUCUCUUGUGUUUCUUCUAUAUGAUGUUCCAGAUACUGCUCUUCAACGUUUAAUAGUGUAUCAAAGAGUGUCAAAAGAUGUCAAUGAUAAUAUGAAUUUGCUUUAUCAUUGGGUUUCUCACGCUCAGAUGAGACCGACCUGGAAAUAUGAAUUUUUAGAAGCAUUGUGUAUAUGUAGACAAUAUAGUGUGAUCAAAAAACUAGGUUUAAAUGUAUCAGCUGUAAAAGAACACUACCUUCCAAAUAGUAUAAACUUUUGCAUUCACAUAAAUCCACUUAAAAAGAUUUUAUACAGAUUAUGUGAAAGUAUUAAUUCAGACACAUUACACACUCUUAAACAAACUUUACUUUCAUUUGACCAAGAUGUUACCAAUUUUGAAAGCUGUGAACUAGUUUUCUUAGAAUUAAUGUGCAAAAAGUUUAUUUUGGACCGAAAUGACUUAUGCAACCACACUAAAGUAGAUUAUCAAAAACUGACUCAAAUCCUAGAACAUUUUCCAGUUUUGAGUUCAUAUUCUAUUUAUAUAAGUGAGCUAGAAAGUAAGCUCAAUAAUACUAAGAAUCCUUUUAUAAGGGAUAUGUCUAAAAAUAAUCCUUUACAGAAUACAGCUUCAGAUGUAAACAAAUCUCAUGUUAAUGGCAAGUGUGAAGGUACUGACCUAGAUGAAUUCUAUGAACACUUAAAUCAGUUAAAAAUAGAAGAUAUUGAUGAUGAUUUAAUGACAGAUAAAAAAAAAUGUGAUGAUUCUUAUGAUAUUUUUAAUUCAAAUCGUAUUGGUGUAUGUUGCAUAAUUAAUCAAGAAGACUUUUAUCCAUCAAAAGAGAAUAUCACUAACAGCAUUUAUAUUAAUCUUACAACUAGGUAUGGAUCAACUAAAGACCAACUUGCAUUACAAAAGACAAUGGAAGCAUUAAACUUUGAAGUUGUAGUUUACAAAAACUUAAAUUCUAAAGAUUUUAUGAGUUGUUUAAAAAAUGUACUGAGAAAGAAAGUUCAUAAUGAGGACAGUGUUUUUGUACUAUGUGUAUUAUCACAUGGUGUUAGGGGACAUGUUUAUGCUGCGGAUUCUGUGAAAAUAAAAGUUGAAGAUAUUCAAUGUUUGCUGGAUUCUGAUUUGGCCAUCAAGCUAUAUGGGAAACCAAAGGUAUUGAUAUUACAAGCUUGUCAAGUAAACGAUGAAUCACCAUUCAUUCAGAAUUUAGUUGCUGAUGGGCCCUCAUCAGAGCAUUUCUUACGAAAAUCAGAUUUUUUAAUAUACUGGGCUACUGCACCUGAAUAUGAAGCUUUUAGACAAGAAAGUAAAGGCUCCCUCUUUAUUCAAUUCUUAUGUGUAAUUAUUAAAAACAAUGCAGACCAUGACCACAUUCAUGAUAUUUUCACUAAAGUUACAAAAACAGUAAUAGAUGUUUGUAGUAGAGUACAAAAAGUACAGGUACCAAUCUUUGAAUCUACAUUAAGAAAAAAGUUAUUCCUUCGGAGGUAACAGUUAAACAUGUGUAUGAUGAAACAUUUAAAUAUAUUUACAUAACCAACAUUAUAUUAUAACUAACAAAAAUUUUUUUAAUAAAAGAUUUUACAU